AUGAAAAUCAAAAGUUUCUUCACAAAUGUUUUCAAUUUACCACCAUUUUUUAGUGCUGGAAUGGACAAUGCUCCUUCAAAAAACUGGGAGCUCACCCUUUAUGAAUUACAUCGAAAACCCCAGGAACCAAUUACAGAUGGCACAGAAAUCGCUGUCAGUCCUAGAAGUUUGAAGAGCGAACUUAUGUGUCCGAUAUGUUUGGAUAUACUCAAAGUGACGAUGACUACCAAGGAGUGCUUGCAUCGAUUCUGUUCUGAAUGCAUUGUCACAGCCCUACGAAGUGGUAACAAGGAAUGUCCAACGUGUCGCAAAAAGCUUGUUUCAAAACGAUCUUUGAGGAGAGACCCUAACUUCGAUGCUCUUAUCGCAAAAAUAUAUCCCAGUCGUGAGGUAAUCACCAACUUUGAGGAGCGUAUCCUUAUGUUCAUUUAUUUUAAAUCCUUUUGCUUAUCUUACUUAUGUUGUUCUGUUUAUUUUAUCAAUGACUCAAAGAACGAUGUGUUGUACCCGGCUAGUUCACUUGUAUGCUCUGCAAAAGAAACGGUUUCUGCCUCUGAUGAUUGGGUUGGUAAUAACCUGUUCCUAUAUUCCUCAGCUUGUAAGUGA